AUGACAUUCCUUACUAAUGGAAAUUUGUUAUUGAUCGAGGAAAGAUUUAAUUACAAAGAUUUAAAAAUUCACAUUCUCACCUUCAAAUCCACUUGUGAUUCCAAUAAUAAUGUUCAUUUUAGAGCAAUAUAUAAGACAUCAUAUAAUAUUAUAUCUCCAGCUACAAUUAAUAAUAGACCAAAUGUUUUUCUGAAUUCUAGAAAAAUGUUGAUUGAUUAUAAAGAUUUGUUUACAACACAAAUAGAUAACGUGACAAUGACAUUUGAAAACCAUUAUUAUUUAUUAAGACCUUGUUUUAUAAUUAAGAAAUUAAUUUAUAGUAAAGACGAAUGUAUUGUUGCAAUUAAGUUGUGUCAUGAAAUAGUUGUAUGUUCAAUUGAAUAUGGAAUAGUAGUAUCAUCAGCACGAUUUAAAGAAGAGACUAUUAAAGAUAUUGAAUUCAUUUAUUCAAAAGAUAAUGUUGAACAUUUAUUUGCAAUUUUGAUUAAUAAACAAUCAAACGAAAUUACUUAUAAAUUAUUCGAUCCUUAUGAUCUUAACAACUAUACUUGCAUAACAGAUAUAUUCAACGGUAGCACUGCUGCUGGUGACAAUAAAAAUGAAACCAAUGAAGGAGGAGAUGGGGAAGGGGAAGGGAAAGAAAAAGCAGUGAUAAAAGAAUCCAAGAUCACAAAUAAUCAUUUAAAACAUUUCAAUAAUAUUGGAUCUAUUUUUAAAAUGAUCAUUAAGGAAAUAAAUGAAGUUCAUGAAAAAUUAACCAAAGAAGAUUACGAAGAGUAUGAAGAUGAGGACAAAAAUAAUGAGAAAAAGAAAGAAAAAAGAGUAGAAUUAGUCCAAGAUUCUAUUAAAUGGUUGUUGAAUUAUAGGUUCGAUGAAAAAUUAUUGAUAAUCAGUAAAAAUGUUCCAUCAUUUAUUAAAUACGGCAAAUUAAUAUUACAAUAUUCAAUUAUUCAUGAUAAAGAAGUCAUAAUAGAAGCAAUCAUUGAAACAUGUUUAAGUAUAUUUAAAUCUAAUUAUAAGUCAAACUUGGGGUUGUUGAGUUUGAUAACAUUGAAAUUAUCAAUAUUGGAAGCAAACUAUCCUUUAAUCGUUGAUAAAUUCUAUAAUCAAAUCUCAAUUAUUCUGGAUCCAUCAUUCAAUAAUAAUGUACCUUAUAGUAAAUCAAACUUAAUAAAUGGAUACAAUAAAGAUUUCGUUAUAUAUGAAAACAGUUCUCUAUGGAAUUUAUAUUAUAAAUUAUAUUUUAAUUAUUACAAAAGAAUAGUGGAACAUAUUGAAAAUCAUAAUGAAAAUAUUCUUAAUAAUCACAUCGAUAACAUUAGAAAUUAUGAUAAUAACAAUCAUAAUAGUACACAAUUAACAUUAUCAUCAUUCAGUAGAGAGAAAUUAAGAUAUUCUAGUCUAGCCCUGGUUAUUCCUUUACCAAGAUUUACUAGUCAUUCCAGUGAAAAUUGUUCGCCUUUUAAAGAGAUAUUUUAUAAACCAGAAUCCAAUUCAUUUAAUCACCUAAAUUGGCACCACUAUGCAUCUUCUUUCCAAAGAUGA